AUGGGUGAUGCUUGUCCAACCCGCCAGGAAUCAAUGGAGCCAACCGCCAAUCCCCUGGACGAUGAAGAGAAAAUAAAAAACGACGCGUCUGAAAUCACAGCCAGCUCACUCGAUGAUAAAUAUCCCCUUCCCACCGAGCACGAGGACCAGACGCUGCGUCGAGUUGCAGCCAGCCUGCCUCUUGUCUCGUUUUCGCUCUGUUUCGUUGAAUUCGCUGAAAGGGCCUCGUUUUAUGGAGUCAAGUCCGUUGUUGCGAACUUUGUACAGUUCCCACUUCCCAAAGGUGGCAAUGGAGCAGGGGCUACUCCACAAGGGACCCAGGAAACAGCAGGCGCGCUGGGGAUGGGACUCCAAGCAAGCUCCGCAUUGUCAUUGCUAUUCCUGUUUCUGGCCUACGUGACCCCCAUCUUUGGAGGCUGGUGGGCCGACGUCUACGUGGGUCGGUACAAGGCUAUCAUGGUCGGGGUGGUCAUUUGUGGUAUCGCCCAUGUCAUUCAAAUCAUCGGUGCCAUUCCCGCGAUUCUUCAGAAAGGACCGCCCAAUGCCGCUCCUCCCUUCAUCAUUGGGCUGUUGGUAUUGGCCGUCGGUGCUGGGAUUUUCAAACCAAAUGUUGCACCCCUUCUACUCGAUCAAAACCGGCAGAAGAACCCAUACACUAAGCUGCUCAAGUCCGGUGAAAAAGUUAUAGUCGACCCAGAAGCCACUGGUACACGAAUUAUGCUGAUCUUUUACGGCGUCAUCAAUAUCGGUGCCUUCUUCACGCUGGCUACUACAUAUUCGGAGAAGUAUGUCGGGUACUGGCUGGCUUUUCUGUUGACGGCGAUCAUUUAUAUGCUUCUGCCCAUCGUUCUUCUGGCAAUACGCAAAAGAAUACAUAAAGAACCGCCCAGUGGGGGAUCCGAACUUACCAGAGCGCUGCAGAUCAUAGCAAUCGCACUCAAGCUGAACAAGUGUCAGAUAUGGCGCAAAGGCUUCUGGGAGGUGGCAAAACCAGACAAUCUUCGCAGCAUCGGCAUCACGGCGGACUGGACUAACGAUGCGGUGAAUGAUGUUGCUAGGGCUCUCGGUGCUUGCGAUAUCUUCCUGUUUUUCCCCAUCUGGUAUCUCAACCUAGGGGGUAUAGGCUCAGUUGGAACGAAUCAAGGUGCAGCCAUGGUCACCAAUGGAGCCCCCAAUGACCUACUCAACAACUUCAACGCACUGACCAUCAUCGUAUUCAUCCCGUUCUUGACUUGGGUGCUUUAUCCGACUCUAGAUCGUUACAGAAUCCGCAUUGGCCCCAUCACCCGCAUCACAUUCGGAUUUGUCCUCGCGAUGUUAUCCAGUCUCGCUGGCACUCUGGUGCAAUGGAAAGUCUACACGCUAUCGCCAUGUGGGUAUCAUGCCUCGACGUGCGCCAAGGUGGCCCCGAUCAGUAUCUGGUGGCAGCUACCGAAUACUGUUCUUGGGGCUCUGAGCGAAUGCUUUUCCAACGUUACUGCAUACCAACUGGCAUAUGCGAGGUCGCCGGCGAGUAUGAAAGGAGUGGUUGUGGCGAUUUUCCUAUUUAUGAAUGCCCUGUCCAGUGCGCUGGGUGAGAUCUUGAUCCCAGUCACAAAAGAUCCCUGGCUGUUGUGGAUUUGGGGCGCACCCACAGUUGCACUGGGUCUACAGACAGUUAUUUUCUGGUUGAGGUUCAGAAAGCUCAACGGUAAUUUUGAGGAAAAAGAUGGAAUUUAUCACUCCGAGAGCGAGGUGGAAAGCAACGGAGGGCCUCCAGUGAAAUCUGCGAUGAACAUCUGA